AUGACCAAGGAGGAAAUUGAGGAGUACGUGGUACUACUUCGAGCAGAACUGGAACGCGAACGUGCUGAGCGCAACAAGACAGCCUUGGAGCGGGACAAGGUGACAACCUUUUGGGAGACAUGCCGUCAGCAGGUUGAGGAUGCGAGAGGUCUGUUGCGAAAGAAGGAGCGAGAAUUGGAGGAUGCUGAGGAGAGACAUCAAAUGGAGAUGCGAGUUUACAGACAGAAGGUGAAGCACCUGCUGUUUGAAGAAAAUGCAAGACAGGUUGAUGCCCGCCACGACACUGCAGUAACAUUAAACACCAAAGUGGAAGAAACUAGAGUAGAAGUAAGGGAAUUGUUGAACGAAAAUUACACCCUGAAAGCCCAAAUGCGACUCCGACAGCUGGAGUCCGAAGAGGCGAUCAAAAUGCUUAAGAAACAGCAUGAGACCGAGAUGACAGCCCUGCGUCAGGACUUCAUUCUUCAAGCUGAGGAGUUGGAACAACGUGCAGCAAAACACGCAGCUCAGUUACGAGAGGAUCUGGAGACACAACGUGUCAGUGAAAUUCACGCCACAGAGGAGCGCAAGAAUCUCCACAUCAAGCAACUUGAAACAGCUCAUGACAAGGCCUUCAACAAUAUGAAGAGUUACUACAAUGACAUCACACUUGGCAAUGUCAAUGUCAUCAAAACCCUUAAAGAGAGCAUUGAAGACUUACGGUCGAGUCUUGUUCGCAUGCAACGUGACCUUGAGUUGAGCCAAUCAGAGACGGCGCUUUAUAAGCAGAAAUUGGAAGAGUCAGAGGAGCAGAAUAAAAACCUCCGAAAGGUUGCACACCUCUUCGAAACAGAGAAGUCUGCACACAAUGUGACAAAAGCCAAUUUACGCCUUACAAAGAAGACGAAGGAAAACAAUGAAAUGCUCUACAACAUAGCGCAAGCAAGACUUGAAGAACUAGAAGCAGAGAAAAAACGGCUAACAGAUGGGAUGGAGAUGACCCUGCUGGAAAUAAAGCGUAAAGCCGGUCUAAGGAGUGCAUUGUUGGAGAAGAAGUUGACCCACUUGGUGGCAACAUUGGAAGCCAAAGAGACGGAGAUGCGCACCCUCAUAAUAGCCACAAAUGCGGAUCCAAUUGCCGUAAAUGAGUCCCGCAAAAACUUGGAGGAAUUGUUAAACAAAAAGAAUGCAGCUAUUAGAGAACUCCAAUAUGAAGUUUCACGUGUGGCGAAGGCUUACACAGAUUUGUGGCAAGCAUGUCAAGAGAAGUUGUUGGAGGAGAUGAGUCACCCUGAGAAUCUGGGGAUCAAGCCAGUGGGUGUGAAUGUUUCGCUCAUUUCGCCCUUCAACCCCGCCACAGCUCAGGCCAAACUGCUUAAUCUCACCUCAGGCGCAAGAGGAACAGCCAGUGAGGUGAUACCGGGCAAGGGACCCCUUGGACUCACCUCCAUCCCACCUCUGUGA